GCAGUGAAGCAUUGUACCGGCACUAGGAGUUUGCAUUAACUUUAUUUAAGGAAAGUUCAAUUAGUUUUAAUUGACAGCAGGAAAUCCCGAGUAAAUCCGAAUCGAGCCGAACAUAAAGAAGACGAGUGCAAACCGCUCGAAAUACUUUACACAGCGUGUAAAUCUUACAUAACGCGGACAUUCAUUUUGAGAUCUAGAGAAAAACGUAGCUAUCAGCGUGCCUCUCACUGCGCUGGUGAAAUCGUACAGCGCUCUGUCCAAGAAACCAUAAAAAAGCGAAGUUAAGGUAGUGGUACAUUUCAGGCAUGACGUCUCAAAGACGGAUGCAUUGGAAAUGUGGCGGAACUCUUCUGGCUUUGAUCAUUGCAAUUUAUUGCUUUGUCAAAUAUAUGCAUUCGCCUGCAAUUGAAACAUAUUCAGGAACAGUUACCACGUGUGAUAAUUUAGAGAAUAUUUUCAGAACAGAGAAGACCCAGAUUAUGGACUCAGAUUUACAAGCCACACCAAUCUUUCCUGAAACGAAAACAGAUAAAUGCAUAAAAACUGUAAAAUGGAAAUUUCUUGAAUACUUUUCAAAAGCGGAAGAAAACGGUUUCAAACACUGUAUCCGGAAAAAUGCAUAUCCCAAAAGGUUAUUGAAAUACUAUUUCGAACGUUUAAACAGAAAUAUCACGUCUAAAUUUUUCUCCUUCCUCAAAGGAAAAUCCGACGUCGUAGUCGUUGAAAUCGGGGGAUUCACUGGCCAGCUUUUACAGAAACUGGUACCCAUAACUGGAGCGAAGACUUACGCUGUUUUGGAACCAGUUCCUUCUUUUUUUGACAAGUUAAACACGCACAUUGAUAUGUUGAAUUUAAAUUCAAUAGUGAAAACGUACAACUUUGGUCUCGGGAAAACUUACAAAGAAAUAUCUGUCGAUAUCCGGGGAGACGGAACUUCCAUUUUUCAGACUUUACCAUCGAAAAAGACCGAGAGGAUUAAGAUUGUAAAUGUCGUGGACUUCUUCGUACAGGUAGGGGUGGGUUGUAAUACUGUUGAUCUGCUGACCAUCAACUGUGAGGGGUGCGAGUUCGAUAUUUUAGAGACAGUAAUAUCUACUAAUCUUAUUGAAAAGUUUGAUCACAUUCAAUUCCAGCCGCACCAUGACGUUCCAACGGUCGGGAAUUACAUAUGCCGCUACUGUCGAUUACGUGGACUUCUGGCGCGAACACAUGAGAUAGAGUACGAAUACCCCCACAUCUGGGAAGCAUGGAAGAGGAAAAAAAUAAAUUGAGAGUUGGGAUUCGUGACUGAAUUGUAAUUUGUUUAAAAAUAUAUUAUGCUCAUUUUGUGAAA